AGUAGUGAUUUGAAUAUAUCUUCGUUGUAUAGUAUUUUGUCGUUAGUAAAUAACUUUUUCUAAGACAUAAAAUAAAUAUAAUAACAUUGAUGAUUUCUAGUAUUUAAUGUUUGAUCAAAAUGAGUAAUUUAUCGCUAAAUGGCGAUGUAAGUGAUACGACAGACACCGUAAACCUAAUAAGUAAUGAAGCCAGUACAUCAAAUGCCACACAAUUCAAUUCGAACCUGCAGGAACCGGAAGAAGAUGACUCAACAGGCAGUCAUGGUGUGAGAAGGAGAAAACCUACUGAAACAUUUGAGCGUGGAUCUCUGAAUGUUCUUUCUGCUAAAUAUGAGAGCUUAGAUUAUGACACAUGUGAGAAUAAUUUACUUCUAGACGAAGAAAGAAAAAGAGGUUAUCCAUUUAUAGUAUGGAAGGAUAUUUCACGAUGGAUAGUAUUCUUGAUGAUUGGUGUGAUCACAGCUCUUAUAGCUUUUAUAAUAGAUAUAUGCAUAGAAGAAUUCUCAAAUAUCAAAUACACACAGCUAAAGAAAUCUGUGGAUAAAUAUGUCCUACUUGAUAAACUAUACAUACCAUAUUUGUUGUGGGUGUUGACAAACAUCUGUAUUGUUUUCAUUGGAUCUGUGUUGGUUGCAUAUGUUGAGCCUGUUGCAGCGGGAAGCGGUAUUCCUCAAGUGAAAUGUUACUUAAACGGUGUGAAAGUGCCACGGGUGGUCAGAAUCAAGACCCUCAUUGUGAAAACAGUAGGGGUCAUCACCGCAGUAGUUGGUGGACUGGCGGGAGGAAAGGAAGGUCCCAUGAUCCACAGCGGGGCGGUGGUGGCGGCGGGCAUCUCGCAGGGCAAGAGCACCACCUUCAACAAGGACUUCAAAGUCUUCGAAUACUUCCGCGAGGACCACGAGAAGCGGGACUUCGUUUCCGGCGGCGCGGCGGCCGGCGUCUCCGCCGCUUUUGGCGCACCCAUCGGUGGUGUUUUAUUUUCGCUGGAGGAAGGAACAAGUUUCUGGAAUCAAGCUCUCACAUGGCGGACGUUUUUUGCCACAGUUGUGUCAACUUUCACCUUGAACUUCGCGUUGUCCGCGUACCAUGGUCAUCCAGGGGAAUUGAGCUACCCAGGUUUAUUGAAUCUGGGCAAGAUGGAGCCGUUCCCGUUCGAGUUCUACGAGCUGCCCGUGUUUAUGCUGUUCGGCGUGGUGGGCGGGGCGCUCGGCGCGCUGUGGAACUACAUCAACUAUAGACUCUCUGUCUUCAGAUUAAGAUACGUGCGAUCACGCUGGCUGCGCGUGGCGGAGGCGUGUCUAGUGGCGGGCGCGAGCGCGACGUGCGGCUUCCUCAUGAUGUUCCUGCUCAACGACUGCCGCCCGCUCGGCGAGGACCCCACCAAAGUGCCGCUGCAGCUAUACUGCGCUGACGGGGAGUACAACGCUUUAGCCGCUCUCUGGUUCCAAACCCCUGAAGCAUCAGUACGCUCACUCCUCCACGACCCAUUAGGCAGCUACCGGCCCACAUCCCUGCUGGUGUUCGUGCUAGCCUACUUCCUCCUCUCCACGUGGACCUUCGGCCUGGCCGUCUCCAGCGGCCUGUUCAUCCCCAACCUGCUGACUGGAGCCGCCUGGGGACGACUCCUCGCGAUACUGAUACAGUACACCCUGCCGUCUAAUAGUAUAAACCCGGCCAAGUACGCGUUAAUUGGAGCCGCGGCUCAACUCGGCGGCGUCGUACGAAUGACGAUAUCGCUCGCAGUUAUCAUUAUAGAGACAACGGGACAGAUCUCUAAUGCGCUACCCAUCAUUGUCACCCUCGUCGUCGCGAAGUGGACCGGGGAUUUCUUCAAUGAGGGUAUCUACGACAUCCACAUCCAGCUGGCGGGCGUGCCGCUGUUGGGGUGGGAGGCGCCGCCGCUAGCGCACACCGUCUACGCCUCACAGGUGAUGUCACACCCCGCCGUGAUUCUGCGUACGGUGGAGAGGGUUGGCGACCUGGUGACUAUACUCCAGAUGUUCACACACAACGGCUUCCCCGUCGUCGACCCGACGUCCGAGGAUGAUGAAUCCGAAGUGCCAAAGUACAAACGCCUCCGAGGAUUAAUACUACGCUCCCAGCUGAUAGUUCUGCUACAGAACAAAGUGUUCAACGAGAACCCCAACAUCGACUGGUCUGAUGUAAACAUCAACAUGUUUAGAAAGGAGUACCCCAGGUAUCCGGAUGUCAUGGAAGUGUUUAAAGAUAUGUCCGGCGCCGAUCUGGAGAAUACGAUCGACCUGCGGCCGUACAUGAACCCGUCGCCGUACACGCUGCCACACCGCGCGUCCCUGCCCCGCCUCUUCCGUCUGUUCCGGGCGCUCGGCCUGCGACAUCUGCCGAUCGUGAACGACGUCAACGAGGUGGUCGGUAUGGUGACGAGGAAAGACAUAGCGAGGUACAGAGUGUGGAGACACCACGGAUACAUGGGAAUGCAGGAGUUGCUCAUGUGCGCCGAUAUAUAAUUCAUAAUUAUUAAUCAUAAUAUCAUAGUUUAUUUUUGUG